UCCAAAGGGCCUUUGUGGGAACGGAACCCACAGUCACUCUCUCUGGAGCUGUCCCGAGGCAUCCCACAUCAAUGUCGGGGCGGCUGGCCCUGCCCUCCCUGCUGCUGGCCAUGGUUGUGUCUUCUUUCUGCCCGGCCACGCCCAUGUCCGGAGAUGAAACGCGAAACCAGCUGUUGACGAGAGAGAAGAUGAUGCGGGUGGGUGGGCAGUUGGUGCUGACGCAGGAGGAGGAGCUGGCCAACCAGAGGCUCAGGGCCCUCAAGGAGGCUGAGAUGCAUGAGGCCUUGAGUACGGGGAACAUCCUGCCCAGCAUGCACUUCUUCCAAGCCAAGAACCUCAUUGAGAAAAGUGAGGUGUUUAACAUCCUGAAGAAGAUGCCUAAAGGGGCCGCCCUUCACGUCCACGACUUCAGCAUCACCAGCCCGGACUGGCUGGUGAAAAAUGCCACGUACAGGCCCUACUGCUAUUUUUGCUUCACCCGGAGGGGGAUCCCGCAGUUCAGAUUUGCUCAUCCGACUCCCCCCACCCCGAAGCCGGCAGAAUGUCCCCAGUGGGUUUUGCUGGAGAAGUUUCGGAAGGGGCUGCAUAACGUCUCGGAGUUUGACAACAGCCUGCUGAGAAAUCUCACUCUGAUGACCGAGAACCCCCACGUGACUUACACAGACCAGGAUGCGAUCUGGGCUAAGUUCGAGACCAUCUUCUUCGUGAUGGGGAACCUGGUGAGAUAUGCACCGGUGUUCCGGGACUACCUGUCCCAGGGCCUGGAGGAAUUCUACCAGGACAACGUGCUCUACCUGGAGAUCAGAGCCUCACUGUAUCCGGUGUAUGAACUGAACGGGACGGUCUACGGCCGAGAGUGGUUGGUGAGGACUUACAAAGAAGUGGCUCAUAAUUUUGCAAAAACGCAUCCUGGGUUUGUUGGAAUCAAACUCAUUUUUUCGGAUCACAGAACCAAAAAUGAGUCCCUCAUCAAGAAAUCCAUCCAGACAGCCAUGGAUCUUCGUGCCAAGUUCCCUGGGAUAGUGGCGGGGUUUGACCUGGUGGGGCGCGAGGACACGGGCCACACUCUGUAUGACUACAGGGAGGCUUUGAUGAUUCCAGCCUCGCGGGGCGUUCACCUGCCUUACUUCUUCCACGCGGGAGAGACUGAUUGGGAGGGAACUUCGGUAGACAGAAAUCUUCUGGAUGCCGUGAUACUGAACUCAACCCGGAUUGGCCAUGGAUUUGCUUUGAGCAAGCACCCGGCGGUCUUGGCUGAAGCCUGGAAGAAGGACAUCCCCAUCGAAGUCUGUCCCAUCUCCAACCAGGUCCUGAAGCUAGUGUCUGACCUGAGAAACCACCCCGCCGCCGUCAUGAUGGCCGCUGGGUACCCCAUGGUGAUUAGCUCAGACGACCCCGCAGCCUUUGGGGCCAAAGGCCUGUCCUACGAUUUCUACGAGGCCUUCAUGGGCAUCGGCGGGAUGUCGGCCGACCUGAGGACGCUCAAACAGCUGGCCGUCAACUCUAUCAGGUACAGCACCCUGUCGGAGACCGAGAAGAAAUCUGCCAUGGAGACCUGGGCGGAGAGGUGGCAGAAGUUUGUAGCUGGGCUGGCCAGGGGCCCCAAGUGAGGGGACCGCUGUGUCACCCUCCACAUCUGCCUCCCUCUUCCCAAUGGUCCAGAAUCCAGGGAAGUCACCUCCCUUUGUCCAUCAGGCCGCUGUGACUCUGGCCUGACUCACAUGAGCCCCUAACUCAUCUCCCUCUUCCCUUUGCCCUCUCCUGCUCAUUUUCCCCAGAGCAGUGACUGUUUAAAGUUAAAUUAAACCAGGGUACUCCACUGUGACAAUUCAGAGCACUUAGAACCCCCCUCAACAAGCCCCUACCGGGCUCCCAGCAUCCUAUGAACAUGGAUCCCUUCCUUGUCAUCCCACCCCAGGCGCCCGAGCACACUGGCCUCUGGCCUUGGGCCCCUCCUGGCUCUCUCUGCCGGGAAUGCUCUUUCUCCCCACUUCCGUCUGCUGCCUCCUGUCACCCCCAGGCUUCGUUUCAGGUCCUCAUCUCAGAAAGACUUGUCCCUUGGGGCACCUUGCUCGCUCCCUCCUGACUUCACCCGAUGUGUCAUUAUGGAUUUAUUUCUGAGCGGCCUUCCUCCCCCAGACCUUCACCUGCACAGGCACUCGUGGCCGGUUCAUGUCCACUGCGAGCCAGGAGCCUAGCCUGCCCCUUGCCUAGUCGGCCCUCAAUAAACGUUGUGUUGCAAGAA